AUGUUCUCAAUUUUGGUUUGCGUGCUUCUCGCCUUCUCAGAUAUAUCCCUAGGUGCUCUGCUUCCUCGCCAGAGCAAACCCCCAACUGUCACCGUCAAGAAUGGAAGCUAUCAUGGCUUUCAUAAUCCAACAUACAAUCAAGACCUCUUCCUAGGUAUGCCCUUUGCUCAACCACCCACAGGCGACCUUCGCUUCCGUAACCCCGUCUCUCUCAACACCUCGUGGACUGGAAGUAAGAACGCAACACAAUAUUCCUAUGCAUGUUAUGGUUAUGGCUCGGAUGAUUGGGUCUUGGGCAACCCGGUGAGCGAGGACUGUCUCACCCUCAAUGUCAUCCGGCCUGCUGGUACGCAGGCGAAUGCAGAUCUUCCGGUUGGAGUCUGGAUUUACGGCGGCGGAGGCUACAUGGGUAGCAGCCUUGAUCCACGUUACAAUUUAUCAUUUAUUGUCCAGCAAUCUGUGGAGAUGGGCAAACCAUUCAUUGGCGUCAGUAUCAACUAUCGUCUUCAAGCAUUUGGAUACCUAUUCGGCACAGCAGCACUCAAAGCAGGCAUUACUAAUAUGGGUUACCGUGAUCAACGUCUUGCCCUGCAAUGGAUCCAGGAGAAUAUAGCUGCGUUUGGAGGAGAUCCAAGCAAAGUGACCAUUUGGGGGGAAAGCGCCGGUGCAUCCAGUGUUGGCGUGCAAUUGCUUGCCUACGGAGGGAGAGACGACAGACUCUUCCGCGGUGCGAUUCAGGAAAGUGGAGGACACAUAAGCUCUACUCGCUACACCAACGCCACCACUUGGGACAAGUACUACAACAACAUCACGCGCGCCACAAACUGCAGCACGGCCUCGGACACCUUGGCAUGCCUGCGCAAAGUACCUAUCGAAUCCCUCAACGCCGUACUCAACAGCAGCGUGACGGCACAAGUGCCCUACUGGGGCCCCAUGGUGGACAACGACAUGAUCAUCGACACGGGCACGCGUCAGCUCCUCGACGGCAAAUUCAUCAAAGUACCCCUCCUCCACGGACGGAACUUUGACGAGGGUACUAGUUUCGCGACGAAAGGCAUUAACACGACAGAGGAGUUCCUUGCCGGCGUGAUGAAGGACGGCCCGGACAAUGCCACUGCCACAACCAUCGCGGCCUUGUACCCAGACAUCCCUGCCAUCGGCAUUCCAGCCACACUAUCAGGCCGCCCGCCGCCGUCCAACGCCUCGCUGGGGGUCCAGUGGAAGCGUGAAGCCGCGUAUAUAGGUGAUCUACGUCAACAUGCACCACGCCGAUUGAUAUCCCAAAUCUACGCGGCCAACAACGUCAGCAGCUGGAGCUACCACUUCAACGUGCUCGUCAAUGGCCAGCCUCCCGCGAUCGGCGCAACGCAUUUUCAGGAAGUCGCGUUUGUGUUCCACAACAUCGAGGGAAUGGGGUACAACAACUCGGUGGCGGAAGACCCGUUCGAGAACAAACCGGCCAGCUUCGAUCGGCUGGCGACGAUCAUGAGUCGCAUGUGGGUCAGUUUCAUCGUGGAUGGAGAUCCCAAUACGAACAACGCUACCUCCGUCCACUGGCCCGUGUACACGCUGGACGACCCCCAAAACAUCGUCUUUGACGCCAACGCCACAGACCUGUUGUACGUGGAGCCGGACUACUACCGUGCCGAGGGUAUCCAGUACAUCUCGGACAGAUUCAUCUCGACAUAUGGACGAUGA